UGCAAAUUAGUAAAAAUACAUCCUUGGAACUAACUUAGUCGAUGAUUAAAUUUAUAAACAAUACAAUAUGAAUUAUUUUUGUUAUACUUUAUUGAUAUUAUUAAUUUUUUAUACAAAAUGCUUACGAAUAAAAGCUGAUGAAGCUAACGACGAUGUUAAAGGCGGUGGUAAUAAAGGGCAUUUUAUAAAAGUAUCAAGUAGAUUUAUGGAAAUGAACGAUACAGAUAAACCAUUACCACCGAGGUCAGGAAUUUGUUACAAAGAAGUUCCAGCAGCACAGAUACUGAAAAAUACACCAAAAAAUUACUCACCGAGAACAAAUGGGACAAAACCAGGUUUUUUUAAAAUUCCAAUAUGUUGCGAUGGUUACAGACGCAAAGCACAUUCAUUCCAUAGCUGUGAACCAAUUUGUGAAUACGAUUGUGUAAAUGCAAACUGUACAGGACCAAAUAUUUGCACAUGUUAUCCAAAUUAUGUAUUGGAUCAAGGAAGAAAUUGUGUACCAACAUGUCCAAUUGGAUGUUUAAAUGGUGUAUGUAAACCUAAUACGAACAAAUGUAUGUGCCAUCCAGGAUUUAAAUUAGAUGCACGUGGCAAAAUUUGUGUGCCAGAAUGUAAGGAUGGUUGUAAAAAUGGUAAUUGUACAGCACCACAUGUAUGCGAAUGCUUUAAAGGAUUUAAAAAGGAUGCUAAUGAUCAAUGCAGUAAUCAUUGUGAAGAUGGAUGUCAACUUGGCGAAGAGUGUGUAGGUCCAAAUCAAUGUGCAUGUAUCCAAGGUUACGCCAAAAAUAAAGAUGGUGAAUGUAAACCUGUCUGCGAGAAAGGAUGCGGUGUUGGUAGUGCCUGUACUGCACCAAAUAUGUGCACAUGUUUAGCUGGUUUUUCAUUGGAUGAGGAAGGUGUCAAGUGUAAACCAGAUUGUUCAAAACCAUGCUUAAAUGGUUAUUGUUUAGGCCCAGAAAAAUGUGAAUGUAAUCGUGGCUACACUAAAGAUCCAAACAAAUGGAACAAAUGCGUAGCACAUUGUCCUAAUGGUUGUGUAAAUGGUGUUUGCUCUGCUCCAAACUUUUGUAUUUGUAAUCCUGGCUAUGUUAAAGAUUCGGGUGUAAAAGAUGGCCGUUCUUGUGUUGCAAGAUUACGUCGAUCAAUUAUUCAUGAGUUACUUCCAAGACAAGAUAUUUCAUCAUCAUAUCCUUUCAAAAUAGAGAGUAUUUGUAUAUAUUUUGAUUCUUUGUGCACAAUUCAUGAUUAUUAUUCGAUUAUCAUUCGUAAAGUGAAAAUGAAUUGGAACGUUAUUAUUUUAUUGAUUGUUAUAAAUUUGUUUGUAUACAGCGCAGCCAGUAUUGACGGAAAAUGUCCACGAUGGAGACGUGUAACUACUUAUAAAACUGUUAAAAAAACGAUACCAAAAGAGGUGAAAAAAUGUGGAUGGUUUCGGUGUAAAUAUCAAACGGAAUAUAUUAUUUCGUACGAAAAUGUACCAAUGGAACGUUUAGAAGCAGUAGAAGAAUGUUGUAUUGGAUUUAGAAAAGAUCCAUUUCAAUACAAAUGCUACCCAAUAUGUAGAAAUGGUUGUACGGCACACAGUAAAUGUGUUGCACCAAAUCAUUGUAAAUGUGAUCACGGCUAUGAUUUAGUUGAUAACAAAUGUGUUCCAAUCUGUAGUAAACCCUGCGUAAAAGGAUUUUGUAAAGCUCCUGAAGAAUGUGAAUGCCCGAAGGGUCACAUCCUCAGAGAUAACAUCGAUUACUAUGAGUGUGAACCAGUAUGCGCUGAACAAUGUAUUUCCGGAACAUGUAUUGGAGCAGAUACGUGUCUAUGUGACCCAGGAUACAAAAUGAAUCCAUAUAACAAAUAUGUUUGCGAUCCAGUAUGUAGUGAAAAAUGUAUUAAAGGCAAAUGUAGCGGACCGGAAACUUGUAAAUGUGAGAAAGGUUAUAAAUUAAGUUCAAACAAUAACUAUGUUUGUGAGCCAUCAUGUUCUCAAACUUGUGUUGAAGGAACAUGUACUGCACCGGAAACAUGUACUUGCAACGAUGGAUUUAGAUUAAAUUCCAGUAAUCCAUAUGUAUGUGAACCAUUAUGCCCGAAUAAAUGUAUACAAGGCACAUGUGCUGGACCAAACACUUGCAUUUGUAACGAUGGCUAUAAAUUAAACGAUCAUAUUAAACAUUUAUGCAAACCAAUUUGCUCCAAAGAAUGUAUAAAUGGAAUAUGUACCGCGCCAGAAACUUGUACUUGCGAUGAUGGAUAUCAACUGAAUUCAUCAAAUUCUUACCAGUGCGAUCCAAUUUGUUCAGAACAAUGUAUAAAUGGAACAUGUACUGGGCCAGAGACAUGUUCUUGUAAUAAAGGAUAUCACAUAAAUCCGAACAAUCCAUACUUAUGUGAACCAACUUGCACAGAUGAAUGUAUCCAAGGUACAUGUACGGGACCAGAAAAAUGUACUUGUAAUAAAGGAUAUCAAUUGAGUGUACAUGACCAAUAUAUUUGUGAGCCUAUUUGUACCGCGGGUUGUAAAAAUGGAAUAUGUAUUUCACCAGAGGUUUGUAUUUGUAAGGAAGGAUACCUCGCAGAUUAUUUUUCAGAUGUAUGUGAACCUUUUUGUCAUGAAAAAUGUUGGAAUGGUACAUGUACUGCACCAGAUACUUGUACUUGUAAUGAAGGAUUUCGCUUAAGUGCAGAUAAUCCUUAUGUAUGCGAACCAGUCUGUUCUCAGGAUUGUCGUAACGGGGAAUGUGUUGCACCAGAAACUUGUCGUUGCAAUGAUGGAUUUGAACCAGGUAUAAAUUCUCCAUAUGAAUGUGAUCCAAUUUGCACUAAAGGAUGUAUGGAUGGAACAUGUACUGCACCAGAAACUUGUACUUGUAACGACGGAUAUCAUAAAAAUCCCGUAAAUCCAUUUGUAUGUGAUUCAACGUGUAGUGAAGAAUGUGUACACGGAACAUGUGAAACACCAGAAGUUUGCACUUGUUUUCCAGGAUAUCAAUUAAAUGAAACGAAUCCUUAUAUUUGUGAACCAAUCUGCUCGCAAAAUUGUAUAGAAGGAACAUGUAGCGCUCCAGAAGUUUGUACUUGCUUUAAUGGGUAUGGUUUAAAUGAGUAUAAUAAGUUUUUAUGUGAACCCAUUUGCGUAGAACAAUGUCUACAUGGAAAGUGUGUGAAACCAAAUCAAUGCGAGUGUUACGAUGGUUAUAAAAAAGACAUAAAAGAUAAAUGUGUACCAUUUUGCGAAAACCCAUGUGUUAAUGGAACAUGUGUAGCACCAAAUACUUGUACCUGUAACACCGGGUACACAUUAGUCAAUUUAACCAAAUGUGAGCCAAAGUGUACGCAUGAAUGCAUUCAUGGAUUUUGUUCAGCACCAGAAACAUGCACUUGUCAUCCAGGCUACAUUCGUAGUAAAAAUAAUUUAUAUUUAUGUGAACCAAAUAUUUCGAUGUUGGAAUGUAUUAAUGGAACUAUUUGUAUGGGACCAAACAAUACUUGGAUUUGUGAUAAAGGUGAUGAAUCUACUGAAAGUGAUUGUGAAGAAAUAGAAUGCUCGAAUAAUAUAUGUAAAAAUGGUAUAUGUGUAACUUCUGGGAAAUGUGAAUGUUUUGAAGGAUUUGAAAUUAUAAAUGGUAGUAAUAAUUGUGAGCCAAGUGAAAUUAUUAAAAAAGAAUAUAUGUCUAUGAUGCUAAAUUCUCCAAUAACACAAACAAUUUGGAUUGUAUCACUAGCCAUAUCUGCAUCGACAAUACUGGCAAUAAUAUUAUAUAAAUCGUUUAAGCAUCACAAGAAACAUGAUUUUAAAAUACCAGAUUUACCAAAUACCGUACCUGUGAUGAAUGCUGCAUUUAAUGAUGAGGAAAUCAGCUACGAUGAUUCACCAUAUUGUAUUUCAUGA